UCUUGUAUUUGUGGUGCAUACUGAUACAGCAUGUAUGGUACAAAUUGAUACAGAUGCAGGCAAUAAGAAGCCAGUCGAUCUGAAGAAUUACCUAAGGAAAGCAGGAAGAGAAAAGAAAAUGACAAACAUUAUUUUUGAGAUGAAGAAAUACAAUUCAAAAUGUUGGGAAGCUAUCUUUACAGAAGUACGCGACGCUGUAGUUUAUAUAGACCAAUAUGCGACAGAAUGUUUACAUUGGUAUGCAGGUGGCAAGGGUUACAUGGCUUUGAAAAAUGCUGGUGCAAUCGCAGUUCACGAGCUCGGCAUGUAUCACUUUCGAUAUCCAGAGGUGAAAGGUGCUAAGAAAGCUGUUAUCGUAUCAACUGCUGGCAAUCCAGCAUUUUAUCAGCGAACGAUUAAAAUGAUUUUAGCAAAAAAUGCGUUCAACGGUUGCACGGUAUAUUGUAGCAUUCCUUGUUGCACUACCAAUUAUCAUGGAAAUCAUUCUGCGCAAGACAAAUUGAAUUAUAUUAAAUUAAAAAGGGACAUCGAACUGUGGAUGAUUUCAAAAAAUUUAUCACAAGAUCCUUCUGUUAACGUCAUCCAUGUACCUUUUCUGAUUGCUCCUUUAAACGACUAUCUGUUUGUAACACCUCCGUUUGGAGAUUUAAUGCCAUCUUUAGACUCGAGUAUUCCAGAAGAUCUAUCUGCUGAAAUAUACCUUAUAGCAAAUUCAUUUUACAAAUUAUUUGAUAAUAUAAAUAUCAAAUUAGAUGUAUAUUCUAUUGGAAAAUUAAGCGAUCUCUUUGCCGAAAUUUUGGAAAAUUGUUUUACAAAUAGCACUUAUCCAAAUCAUUCAUCGGAAGUUGUAGAAACAGGAGUGUCCCUUAUCUUAAUAGACAGAACAUUAGAUCUCUGUACUCCUACUAGCAAUAAUAUGGAGUCAUUCCUUACUAAAAUAUUGGGAGCACUUCCGCGUUUGCCACAGCACAACAAUGAUGUAGCAAUUAAUACAUCUCCUGCAUUUGGACUGGUAGAGGGAAUAUUACAAACGUACGAUGUACCAGGAUGUUUGGCAAGCAUAGAGAAAGCUACGAUCGAUCUCUUUAUCUUAGAAAGCGAAAAAAAAUUGUUAACUGCAGCAAAUCAAAUGCUGAAUGAUAUAACUUCCAUGAAGGAUAGUACAAAGUUAAGAACACCAAUGAGAAUAUCGGGUCACAGUUUAGAAAGGGCUGUUAGCAAACUUCAAAAUAUGAAUAUCAUUGAUUCUAUGAUCGUCCAUACAGAGAAAGUGCAGAGUAUUAUGGCGAUAGUCGAAGCAUCAACAUCGCAGAAAACCAGUCAAUUUGAACUACUUACCAGCUUAGAGAAACUGGCAUUACAGAAUCUUUCUGCGAGCCGCGAAUCGUCUAGUAUACUCGCGCAAUUGAGUAACGUUAUACGAACACGACUUCAUAGAGGUCUCAACAUUGAAAAUUUGUUGGCAUUGUUAAUACACGUUUACGCCUUAACGGGAACGCAAAUUCGCUUUCCUACACAACAAGAACAACAAUUGGAGCAAUCGAUUGCAGAUGCAAUUUUUGAAGAUUUCGAAAUUUUUGAAAAGAAUCCAUCGACCAACAAAAUAUCUGCUUCUCAGCGAUCUUUGUUAUUGUUGGGAAUAAACAAUGCGGCUGCUGCGCGAGAAACGUCGUAUAAAAUAGCAGCACGUAUCCUUCGCACUCUUCGAUUAAUAGCGAAACAACGUUCGUUGCUACAAGAUUACAGAGAUCUCAUGAUCAAGUCAACUUCGAAAGAAACAAUCCAGUAUGUUAGUAUUUUGGAACAGAUAGCUAAGGAUAUACUUUUCGCUGACAAGACUCGAGAAUUACGGGACCUACGUCAACGAACGCCAUCUUUAAUUUCAGCUGGCUUUAAAGGCGUGCAGGUCACUGUAACACUGCAGGUUUGCAUACUGCUGCUGCAGACCGCCACCGCCACAGAUCCUCGAAUGUCACGAAGGUAGCGGUUUUAUUGUUUUCUGUCUUAUAUGUGUACACAUAUGUACAUUUAGUAUGUAUAUGCAUGUACCGAGAUACAUAUUCGCAAACAAUUCAAAGAUACUACUUCAUAGGAUACUGAUCUAUCGAUGUACAUAUUUCCUAAUAACAGAAGACGAAAACAAAAAUUAAAAACAUAUUGUAUCGAUAAAAACAUAUCGAAGUUUCAGACUUUCUUACAAACUUCGAAUUCUGUAGUUCGACGCUCGGUAGGUAGCAAUAGUCAACACAAGAUGUUUCUCGAUCACAUGUGCAUUGGUGAUCUGAAGAAUGUAAAACGAUAUAUUUAAUGAAGAACUCUACGCACGUUACAACUUGAGAAUAUUGUCAAAUACAUUUAUUUGAACGAUCGAUUACGAAUAAAUUUGGUUGUUCUCUAA